CUUUUGCAGCGGCGUGGGGCGGGGAUAAAAAAGGCAAGCCGAGAGGAAGGCAGUGAGAGCAGCGGGCUCUGAGUGGAACGUGAGUGCCGCUUUUUCCGUUACUCCUCGCGCGCGCUCCCCAGCCCUCUUCCCGUGGCUCUUUCUGCGGGGGCGGGGGGUCACGUUCGAAUGGAACUCUCGGCCCUCGCUGUUGCCUGCGCGCGCGGCGCGGCGGUUUGAGCCGCCAUGUUGGGCUCCUCGGGACCCGAGUCCCUGAAAUGAGAGGCGGCGGCGACGCUCGCCCCUGAGAAGCGAGGGAGCCAUGGGACAAAUAACUGCUCCCUAUCGGUGCGGGUCGUGUUCGGACUCCCCAUUCCCUAAUUCUAAAGGGGUGGAGGGAAACAUGAGGGAGGAGGCGGCGCAGCAGCCCAGAGGCUGCCAUGUUGGGGAAGGGAGGGGGCAGAGAAAGCAUCCGAGGGAGGGAGAAAAUGGCGGCUGGGAACCGCCCCCCAGCUCGACUUGGCCUGGGGGGAUUCCCACCUCACCGUCUUGGCCCAGGUCCCCCACCCCCACCCCGGCUUCAUCUGCACGCCUGUCUUAAAGGCGCCGUCUCUGGUCCUCCAUACUAUGGUCUUGUCUGUCUGUCUGUCUUUCUCUCUCUCUCCCCAUCUUCAUCUUGGCUGGUUACGGGUCCCCGGUCGGCAGAGCACGAUAGGGCCGUGGGUUCGAGCCCCACGCUGGGCAAAACGGUUCCUGCAUUGUAGGGGGUUGGACUAGAUAACCCUUGGGGUCCCUUGUGACCAAACGGUUCUCUGAUUUUCUGGCAACCUGCUCCCCUCCCGCUUUUCCUCCACAUGGGUGUUACUGGGGCCUUGGGCUGCACUCUCUCUCCUUUUACUCAAAUGACGGGAAAACCCCCCCCCCCAACAAAACCAUGGCGCCUUCUAGGAUACCUUGGCCCCAACAGUGACGCACACUCUGCAUUUUAAGUGACCCGCCAUCUGCUUUUUCCUGUGUUGUAGCCUCACCUUCCUGUUCCACCCUCCGCCUCUUGAGUGGCCAUUUUGUCCCUUGGGUGCCCCAUGUGGCACAGGACUUGAGGCACCAUUGGGUGGCAGCAAGAAGCUCAGCAAGUAAAUGGCAGAGCCAAGCCUGCCCCUGGUCUGUUGCCCCCAAUUUGAAGCAGUACCAGAACAUAGAGUGUGGGAUGGCACACAACAUACACUAUUGAUGUCUUGCUUUAACCAUGGGCUUAGUCACAUUUUAGCCUAUUCCAAGUUCAUUUUCCUUCUACAUUUACACAUGCAGCUGCACUACAUCAUCUGUUAGUUCCCUCUCCUCUUUAUUCUAUAGACUUAAAUGCACACAGGUCUGUAUGCUCAUCUUGCCAUCACCUCUCUCCUCCCAAAUUCCCUUCCCUUUUGCUCUUUUGAAAAUCUUGGUUCUUGGUGAAUUAAGUGGUAAUAGCACAUAAAGUUCUCACUGUACCUUCACAGUUCAUACAGUGAGAGAAUCUCAGAUACAGUAUGGCUGUAGCACAUGCCUCUGAAUCCAGAAAGACGGGAUGUAACACAGGCGUGUUACUUACAUUCUGUCGUCAUGUGGGUGGGCCUCAGAUGUUCCUGCAAAGAAAUUGAGGCCAACAAAUACGGGGAUUUCUAUUUCCUCCAGGAGGAUUGAAGUAGUCAGGGAGGAGUUGCAGUUGGGUAAGCUAGUGUGAAAGCCUGUAGUGGUGCAACAUAGGUGGGCAGAUUUCUUCCUAAACCAGAGGUAUUUAUGAAUGAUAGGGCUGUGCUAUCCCAGACAUUGGUGGGUAGGUUUCUAUCAGUUAAGCAUAACCCUAUGCUCUGCAUCUCCCCUCUCCCAAGAAUACUACUAGCAUUUUUCAGUCUUCACCCUCUUCUCUCAGUAUGCCUAUCCUGUUAAUCUUCCCGCCCCCAGGACUCCUCCCUUGUAAUAUCCAGGGAUCUACCUGUCUUCUUUAUACUGCCCUCCAUAUCUGUAUUUCUAGUGUUUGUCUCUUCCUAUUUUUUAAUCCAUUUUAAUUGCCUUGAUAUGGUUUUCCCAUUUGCAUUGAAACUGCUGGGCUCUGGCUAUUUUACUACUUUUUAUUCCUUACAAGCUGGUCUCUGACCGUAAUAAUAAAUUAUUAUUAUUAUUAUUAUUAUUCCAUCCAUCUGCCAUUUCCCAUGUUUCUUAUAUUUCACUCAAAUUUAUACCACAAUUAAUUUGUGAUGGAAGAAAGGUUGGAUAUAAUAAAUAUAAUAAAUGCCUUUCCCCUUAAUUGCCUUAGUGAAGCACCUGAAGCCUGCUUGUUUAAUUUUUCUGAGAAGUUAAACAUGUCAUUGGUGUGGUGUGGUCAAGCAAAUAUACUUGCCUGGAGAAAAGCUGUAUGAUCUCUGAUGAAGCUGCAUAUUUAACUGCUUUGUUUUUUUCUCCCAUGUGUUAUCUUUUGGAGCCGGAAUCGGAAGCCACGCCUUGCCUAGAGAGAGAGAGAGCCAGAAGUUCUUUAAAGGGUUAAGUGGGAAGAAUUCCUGAUAUAUAUGAAAGCAACAUUAGAUGAUGUCUGCUGGAUCAGAACAAAGGCUCAUCCAGCCCAGUAUCCUGUUAUCCCAGUGGACAACUAGAUGCCUGUGGGAAAGCCGCAAGCAGCACCUGAUGCACUUGUGAUGAAUUUCCUUGCUGUUUAUAUUCAGAGGCAUCUUGCCUCCAGCAGUAGAGUUAGAACACAGCCAUCUUGUUUCAUUCUGAAACUGGAAUAACAAAUUGGUAUUUCACAGAACAUAUCCAUCGGUUCUGUCAUGCCACUUGCAAAUUAUCACUUAGAUUUUGUAGAACAUUUUUUCAGCUUUACUCAUAAGCAAAAGCAUUUAUUCAAAGGUGUGAUACAUUCUGUACUCUGCCACAUCUUGUUAGGAUUUGUACAUAACACCCCAGCUUUGCCUGAGUGCAUUAUUUACUAUUAAACCUUACCACCUGUGAGGUGGAUCAGCUUCCUCACAAUCCUUGAAAAUGCAGUGGUACCUCGGGUUACAUACGCUUCAGGUUACAGACUCCGCUAACCGAGAAAUAGUACCUUGCGUUAAGAACUUUGCUUCAGGAUGAGAACAGAAAUCGUGCUCCGGCGGCGUGGUGGCAGCAGGAGGCCUCAUUAGCUAAAGUGAUGCUUCAGGUUAAGAACAGUUUCAGGUUAAGAACAGACUCCAGAACGAAUUAAGUACUUAACCUGAGAUACCACUGUACAGGCAUUUGCUCUCUUCUAAAACAAAUACAUUUUUACUUACUGCUGUCUUACUUGCUACGUUGUUUCAGAAGGUGUAAAGUAACCUGAUCCCUACUGUUCCUCCAUGCAAGUGCUAUCCAUCUCUCUGCCUUUGCUCUAACAGAGGAAUAAGUUCAGAUCUAUCAGACUAUAACAGUAUAUUCUUCAAACAACAGUUGGAUAGGAUUGCAAUGUGUUAAUAGUAUUGAUUUAAGAUAAAGUAACAUCCUAUAUGUGUCUCAUUCACUGUCUCAUAAGCAGAGAGGACAUCAGUUAACCCUAUUUAAAAUCAAAGCUACCUAACAACCAAGCAUUUUGUGUUUCUCUCCAUAGUCAUUUACUAUAUAUCCCUACUGCCACUUUUCCCCAGUGGUAAGCCCAAUGCCAAGAUAUAGCUCGUAUCCCAAUUCUUAAAUAUUACUUUGAAGCCCAUUUAAUUUCAGUGGAACUUCAGAGCAGUUGUGUGUGAAAUGACAAUGAUGGAGGAGAUUGCUUGAUGGGAGGGGGUGUGAAAUUCUAACAAUCACUUAGUGUAUGAAGCUUUUUUAAAAAACAACAUUUCUUUCCUUCCUAGAAUGCCGAAAUCAAAAGAACUUGUGUCUUCAAGCUCAUCUGCCAGUGAUUCGGACAGUGAAGUUGACAAAAAGGUGAUUCAUUCUCUCUCUCUCUCUCUCUCUCUCUCUCUCUCUCUCUCUCUCUCUGUAUAUAUAUAUAUGUGUGUGUGUGUGUGUGUGUAUACACACAAAAUAUUGAGCAAGAAUAAAACAGUGGCACAAGCCACCCAGAAACUAAUUUUAAAGUUUAUGCUUUCUACUUACACAGAGAAGUGUAUAAAUGGCUAAGACUUGCAUAUAUGCCUAAAAAAGUCAUAACGGUAUAAGAGAAAUAUAUCUUCAGGGGAGCUGAUUUUACAAAUCUACUUUCCUUGUUCUUAAAAAGAUAAUUAAAAUGCACUUCUCUUUAAUUGAGUCAGUCUUUUGAGGGCAUACUUGUGCUCCUCAUGAUUUUUUAUUUCAUUUUAAAGUUAUGGAAUAUUUGGAUCAGGAUGGAUAUCUUGAUCAGAACUUUUUUAUUUUUUAUUCUGUUUGUAUUUUUUAAAUACAUCAACCUAUUUUAAGGCAAUGACCCUUUAAGACCUUUCAUUUCAAGUAUACCCACAAUUCCGGGCACAUUUAUUUUUCAAGUUCCACUUAUACUGGCAUUUAGGACCUAGUUAGGCAUGUAGAAGAUUGCAUAGCUCUCUUGUAGCUGAAUGCUUUUUUUAGCAUGCACAGUCAGUAAAGUGGGGGAAGAAUGAAUCUCUCAGGGAAUUUUUUUUUGUACUUGAGGGGUAAGUGUGAUAGGAAUUUUAUGGUCUUAGAUAUAUGGUAAUGUUCAUAACCGCACAUACAUAGAUCAGCACAGGAAGACCAACCUGGAACCAUUUUGAUUCCUAAACUAACCAAAUGUUUUCUCUGCAAGGUCAAAAUGGAAAAGCCUCCCAAUUGUCUUUUCCUUCACAAAUCCUGUCUUAAGGGUAUAUCUGUGUUUGAAUAAGGGUGUGAGCCUUAUCAUUACAAAAGACUGGCCAGGCUCCUCAGGCAAUCCAAUCAAGUAACCUGCCAGACAGGAAAUAAACAAGGACAAGAGAAAAACAAUAUUGAAAUUUCUGUUUUAAGACCACCUUUUCUGUGAUGUAUCUGAGGGGUGGUCUUAGGUUACACCCCUUCUGUGAUGUAUGUAUGAUGUUUCUGGGGGGUGGUCUUGAUCUACAGGAUGGGAAUUUCAAAAGUCUUUAUAAGCCCUUGCACAGCAUUUUUCUGGGUCCUCCUCCUUUCCUGCGAGUGAGGGGAGCACCCUGUUGCAACAGAUCAAUAAAGAUCGAGCUUACUAGCUGCUUUGCUUCUCAAUAUUCUCUGGUUGGCCUCUGUUAUUUUCUCCUACCAAUAGGGAACCUAUGUAAGGACUCUAUAUGGGCUCUUAGAAACCCCAUAAGGGAAAAGGGCAUAUUUUUAUUUACAACAUAAGUACUAGUCCAGUUGCAGUUUCUCAAAAUGUUGACGUAUAGUUACUUCACAUUUUAAAGAACUUUACUAUCCGCAUAUUUACUAAUUUGUGGUGCUUUACCCACUUGCCGAUGAGGGGAAAUGGAGAAGCAUAACUGGUAUAGAAGUGUUUACCACUAAAUCUUGGAAAGAAUGGAUCCCUCUAGCUUGCAGAUAAAUGUUCUGAACAGCAAACUGUUAACCUUAAUGUUCAAAUGAUCAACAUCUAGCUUGGUCUUGAAAUGUCAUCUCUGAGCAGGAUUCCAUCCCGCCCAUGGCCUGAUUCUUCUCUCAGCUACUUGGCUGUACUUGGAGAAUUUCACAAAGGUGUUUUUGUUGAACUAGUAGAAUGUAAGUGCAUCAGACUAUGCAUUCAAAGCCCCUCGUUCUGUCCCAGGCCACAGAAAUUUGCAGUUAGGUGAAUUUGGCUUUUCAUCUAAAUAUUUUUUAAGCAAUUCCCUAUGUACCUGUAACUAAAAUUCUUUGGGUAGUGGCCCGUUUUUUGUGGACUUGAGGUGUUCAGGAUUGCCAACAUAGAUCAGGGCGGGGUCAAAAUCGUUUGGGGAGCUUUUGAGCACAAAUGAAUUGGGAUCUUGGUUUGGCCUUUCUCACAGAAGAUGGGACAGAAAGGGCAACAUUUUUGAGCUGUGGUUUCAAGUGCUGUUAUGUCUGGUAUUGCCAGCCCUCAGUCUUUUAUACAUUAUGUUGUAGAAAGUUGCAUACAUUAUUUUGCAAUGUUCUUUUGCCUCUCUUUGAUCCAGUUAAUCUUAAGGGAGUUUACAUUUUCAUUUGUAAGUUGAUAUCCUAGCUGCUGGUACAAACAACACUUCUAUGGAAGGGAAGUGCCUAUUAUUUACCAACACAGUUUGCCAAACAUUAAGGGAAUUCCUGGAUAUACAGUUUCAAGCCCAAGUUAUCUAGAGUGAGAUACUGGAGUAAACAAACUCAGGAAGUUUCUCAAUACAAAGCAAAGCCAAUUGACCCCAUUCAAGACUGUUCUGAGAGUUUGCUGCAGUUUCACAUUGAUUUUAUCUGGCCUUCUGUAGACGUAACUUUAAUGUGGUUAUAUUUUAAGUAUGCGGUGAUGCAAAUAAGGUUUCUUUUACCUUUUAAGGCCUGCAUCGAACCUUGAUAGAAAAAGGUUUAGUUUCCCACAAUGAGAAAAAUGUAGCUUUUACUUAGUAAAAUUGUUCUUUGUAUGUAAGUAUUGUGUCUCCCCUGUGAACAUGGGUACUUUUUUGUUAAAUGGUUUUCUGGGGCCUUCUCUGAUCAAAUAUUGAGUACAUUUGAACACUCUUCCUACACUGUUGUGGGGGAGGGGGGAGAGACAUAUUGGUGUAAACUUGAAACUACUACUUCUCCAGUAGGUUCUUAAUUCACUUUGAUUUUUAAAUGUCAAGGUGAAAAGGAAAAAACAAGCAGUGCCUGAAAAGCCUGUGAAGAAACAGAAGACUGGUGAAAGCUCCAAAGGUGCCGCCUCCUCCAAGCAAAGUAGCAACAGAGAUGAGAAUAUGUUUCAGGUAACUGGUGGCUCUUACUUUGAGUAGUUAGUGGGAUCCCCAGUUCUUGUGCUGUGGGUUGUACUUGAAUUUUACAAAGUGGAAGACCUGUCAUCAUCAGGAAAAUAACUAAAGCCAGUGUUCUGUUUUCAUAACUUUGCAAGAUUGGAAUCCUUAAGACAGUGAGCUAAACCCAUUUACAAGCAUCUAGUACACAAGCACUGGCAAACAGAUUUAGUAGUAGCUUUCCUAAACUGCUAUUUAUAUAUGAUAUGAUAUGAUAUGAUAUGAUAUUAUUAGUAUACUGACCUUCAUCCAAAGAAAAGCUAUAUGGACUCAGAAGGUUUAUGUUUUCGCAGAAACAGUUUCCCCACUACUAGUCAGUGUCAGUAACACAAAGGGAGUGGCGUGAAGUGGGAGAGCUGGAGAAGUAAAAUUGAUUUUGUUUAGGAUCAGUCAGUAGUGGGUAGGGUCAGGAAGGAAGCUGAACUUCCCCAAGCAACAGUAUUUUCCUGUCUGGGUUUGGUGGCCCUGCUUGCUGGGAGCUACUGGACUGAAAGAUGGGAGCAAUUUUAAUUUGACUGGCACAGAUAUGUCAAGUCAUCUUAGCUUGUCUAUGAAUGACAUGAGGAGAAAGCACAUUAAAUUCUGCUUCACUGAGGAACUAGUCCAUGCCCGUGCAAUGCUCACACAAAGAAAAACUAUAUUGAACUUUAAUCCGAAAGGAAAUGUUGAAAAAUUGUACUUGAAUGGUACAUCUGAUUUGCUGCCAAAUAAAUGAAGAUUACUGGAUCCCAGAUGGUCUGUGUUAUGUUUAACACUACUAUCUGCAGUGUGAUCCGAUAGUUGGUUAUGCAGCAAGCGUGAAGGGUUGAAGAGUGUUCUUAAUUAAAGGUAUGCAGUUUAGAAAACUUGAUUUUGUAAUUAGCCAUUCUUGUACUACUUUGGACAGCUAAUUGGUAAGCAGUGUUCUGGUUAAGAGCAUGAGCUAGGAACUUUUUGCUUCAAAUUACAGUACAACUAGGAACUUGUUGGAUGACCUUAAGCAAAUUACUGUUAUAAUAACAUUUUGCAUGGAGUUUUUUUCCCAUUGGUUCUACAUGUUUACUCUGAGAGUGGAAAGUAAUUGAAGUGUCUGGAGGUGCUGGUGAAGAUGGCAAAUAAGGAGCAGAGAUGGGCGGGUUAGAGAAGUGGAGGUAGUGGGCUAGGUGUAGGAAAUUUUGCCUAUGGGCAGGAACUGUGUGUUUCAAAGUCCUGUUCAGUGGUCAUGGGUCAUUUGCAUGAGAUUGGGAUGUUGCUGCAUGCAGAAAAGGGAAGAUUAUAACAAGUGAGGAGGCCUGAGCUAGUGGAACUUACAGUUGUGUAUGUUGAAACUCUUAAGCAUGUAGGAGUCAACAUUUAAAAACAUUUCAGAUGUUACUCCUCGCAUUGCAAAAUAUAUUAAGAUUAUACUAUUGAUAGCCAAGGCACCCCCAAGAUGUUCUUGACAUCUUCAGUGGUAGAUAUUUUGGUAAUCCUUUGAAAUACAACAGAUACAGAAGCUAUUCAACCCUGCAAAUAUGUGUGGCAUUUUUUGGGGUCUUCAGACAGUUUAGUAAUUUUAGAAUUAUAGGAAGGUGCUUUUGCAUCUCGUUGCACUUGGUGUAAUAUCCUUGACCAAAACUGUUGCAUCAUUAUCCACCAUAUUUUUUUAAAUGUGGUUCACUGUACUUGUUUUUGAGCUAGGCUUCUGAGAGUAUCAGCUGCUAUCAAUUUUUCUAACUAGUAUUCUGCAGGCUGCAGUUUCCUGCUUUCAGAAUGUUUUUUUCUCUUGAUGGUGCAAGCUGAACACUAAUCUUGAAACUGCUUGCAUAUGGGUUUGGUGUCCUAAGCUAAAUAUAGGCCUCUGGUUGGAGCCUAGCGCAUUUUCACUGUACAGUUGUACCUCAUUUUGAGUCCGCCCCGUUUAGGGUCCAUUUGAUCGAACAUCCGCAGCAAACCCAGAAGUACCGGAACGGGUUACUUUCGGGUUUGCCACACAUGCAGAAGUGCUAAAUUGCACUUCGCGCAUGCGCAGAGCGACGCUCUCUUGAGCAUCCCUUUCGUUAAGUGUCCGGGGCUCCGGAACAGAUCCCGGAUGCAAAAAGAGGUACGACUGUACUUGGUUUACAAUAGCAUAUUCUAAUAAUGUAAUGUAUAUGUUUUUCCUUUUUUCAUACCUUGCUGUUCUUGGUGAAAUGGAAAUCAGCUUGGUUGCCUUUCAUUUAAGGUUACUUCCAGAUGCUAAUCAUAAUCUCAUAUAUGCAUAAGUUUGAAGAUCAAAAUUUACUGAACUUGUGCGUAUCUACCCUAUUUUUCAAUUUGAAUGUGGAUUCAUAUUUCUGAAAGCCCAAGGCUAGGAUGAUGAUUUCGUCCUCAUUAGUAAGGUGAUUGAGUUUUUUUAUAUUCCUUGACAAUAUUUCUAUUAAAAAAGCACGCUUUUGAGAAAAAGGAAAUAAAUCAGUUUGGUUUAGCAAUAAUUUCUGCAGAAAGAUUUGGCUUCUCCUGUCUCUUCGAGCUGUCGUUGCUUGUUAGUUGUAAGAGAUUUCACUGAGAAGAAACACUUGAUCCCAUAAUCUCUAAAAUAAACUCUACUCUUUGUAUCAUACACAAGAUCUUAAUAGUACUUGAAGAGCUGUAUCAUGUGUUUGGUGAAAUAAUGAUUUAGUUCUCUAAUUUGUUGACAGAUUGGUAAAAUGAGAUAUGUCAGUGUUCGUGAUUUUAAAGGUAAAGUCCUAAUUGAUAUUAGAGAAUACUGGAUGGAUCAAGAAGGUGAAAUGAAACCUGGCAGAAAAGGUAAUUCUUAUGUUGUCUGCAUGGUGACUACAGUUUUUGAUAAUACGUUAUGCACUAUAAUGGGUUCUUGGGCCCCAUACCUAAACAUCUAAGUCAGGGUAACUAGGUGUAUUAAUAGUAGUAGUAGUAAUAAUAAUUAAUAAUUAUAUAUUAUUUAUACCAUGCCCAUAUGGCUGGGUUUCCCCAGCCACUCUGGGCGGCUCCCAACAGAAUAAUAAAGGAUUGGGAGUACAGUCCAUUCUUCCACAUCAUCAAUAUUACUUAGAUAUACCAGACAUGACAUAGCAAGACACAUCUACCAAAAUUCCCUGUUCUACACAGCUACUAAAGGCAUACAGAUUCUGUCCUUUUUCACAUUCAGUCACACUAUAUUUAACUAGUUUGUGAGAAGUGGCCAAUCUGAACACAACCAAACAUUCCUUUGUUUCCCUGCUCUUGGUUUGCCUACCCUCAAAGUAGAUACGGACAGGUUGGACGUAGACCUAUUUGGAGGUUUCUGUUUCUCUGGCCCCAGCAGUUCUGGUGCCCAUUCAGGUUUGUAAGGUUAUUGGCUUAGGAAUCUAACUUAAGAUCACCACCUGCCUCUCAUUUUGCACACAUUCCCUUCCAUCCCCAUGCAUUGAUGUUUGGCAUUGUAUAUAACUCAAAGUUCUCAAAGUGAAUUUUGAGCUGCGUUCAGUUUUGUUUUGUUUUGAUCCUGUUGACAGAAAUCCUAGGUGAUGCCAGGCCUGAGCAGGUGAGAAAGGAAAGAACAUCAUGCAGUCUUGUAGAUCCUUAAACUGUCUGUGCAAGACUUUCAGCUGAUCUGUGCUCUAGCCAUGCCUACUGAAAUACAAAAAGAAAUAAAUGAUUCUGAUCAUAGAAUGCAAAUAAAUGGGCAGGCUGACUUGCACAUCUGUCCUGUAUGCCCUUCCUGGUCAUACUGUUUGCACUCUGUGUGGUUUCCAUUCAAAGAGCAGGAAACAAGUAGGUCAAAAGGAGACAAAGUUCCUUGAAUAACUAGCCGUUUGUUUGGAUUGUGCUGUCAGUGCUGGUCCUACUAAUCUUUCAGUCUGUUGUUUGGAUGGUACAGUACUUGUGUGCUGAAUCAGCAUGUCAGAACCCCUCCAGCUUUUAAGGCCUUUGAGGCUUAGGUAUGUAUCUGCUUUAAUAUUCUGUGGCUGUUAAUAUCUAGGCACUUUUAAACUGGGCUGAGAAACUGCAAGUAACAUUUUGAUGAGUGUUUGAAGUCUUAACUACAAAAAGCUCUGCUGUGUAUAAUGUUACAAGUGAGCCAUGUCAAGAGUGACUUCCAGGUAACUUGUUUCUCUGGUUUUGUGUAAAUACUUGGCUUGGUAGAAUUCCUGAAGAGGGAUUAUCUACUUUGUACUGCAUAAAUUUUGACUUGGAUCAUAGAGGCGCUGAUUGCCCUUGACCCCCCAACUCUUCUGAGAUCCUACCUUUCAAGUUUCUUGUCCUCAAAUCAGCAUUUUUUAAUACAAAAGUUGAGGUUCUCUUGAAGCAUCUCUGCAUUGUGAAUUCUGCAGUUGUGUAAGUGUGUUUAUAGCAUAAGUGUGAAUCUAUAAUAACCUCCAAGGAUUUGUUUUGGUUUACUUUAGGUAUCUCUCUAAAUCCAGAACAGUGGAGCCAGUUGAAGGAACAGAUUACUGAUAUUGAUGAAGCAGUAAGAAAACUGUAAAGAUGAGCCAUGCAGAAACUCUACUGUUAUAGGUUUAAGUAGUCUUUUUACAUUGGCAUUCAUUUUCUAAACUAUUUGUUUUCCAAGCUAUUGUAUAUUUGGAUUGCAAAACAAUUUGUAAGAUGAGCGCUUUUUUUAAUGUGCAUUAAAAGUGUAUUCUGGGUGAAGUUACAAAUGUGUAUACUUUUAUUAAACAGGUGUUAUGUUCUCACAUCAUGGUGUAAAAUAAAACACAUUCAAUUAAUACUCUGAG